UAGGCUGAGGCGAGGGGAAGCCUCUCCCCCUCUGCAACCUCAGCGCCCCGCGCUGGCUUCACAGCUGUUUGUAGGCCUGGGGGUGAGGGUCUGCGGAAGGUAGAGCCGGCUGCGGCCCCGCCCGCCCACCCGCCGCUGCGUUCGCCGGCUCCUGCCGCCUUUGCCCUGCCGCUGGGGCGGGCCGCCGAGCGGGCGCCUCCGGUGCGGCUCCCCGUGCUUCUGACUGACAGGCACUGUCCCCACAGCCCGCGCUGCCCGCCACGUCCCCGGUCUCGGCCGACGGCACAGCGUGGCGAGUGACCUUUCCGAGCCCAGCGCGAUGAGUGCUACCUGCUCCCGGCUGGCCCGUCUGCCUCGGCGCCGCUGGCGUCGGCUAGUGCCGUUCCCGCCGCCGCCGCCGCCGCCGCGGCCACUGCUGUUGCUGCUGCUACUGGCGGCCGUAGGGCCGGCACACGGCUGGGAGAGCGGAGACCUGGAGUUAUUUGACUUGGUGGAGGAGGUGCAGCUCAACUUCUACCAGUUCCUCGGCGUGCAGCAGGAUGCUUCAUCUGCAGACGUUAGAAAAGCAUAUCGUAAGCUUUCACUAACUUUGCAUCCAGACAAGAAUAAAGAUGAAAAUGCAGAAACUCAGUUUAGACAAUUGGUGGCCAUUUAUGAAGUUUUAAAGGAUGAUGAACGAAGGCAAAGGUAUGAUGAUAUUCUGAUCAAUGGACUUCCAGAUUGGCGACAGCCUGUAUUCUACUACAGGCGGGUGAGAAAAAUGAGCAAUGCUGAGCUGGCAUUACUUUUGUUCAUUAUUCUCACAGUGGGUCAUUAUGCUGUGGUUUGGUCAAUAUACCUGGAAAAACAACUGGAUGAACUGCUUAGUAGAAAAAAAAGAGAAAAGAAAAAAAAGACAGGCAGCAAGAGUGUGGAUGUAUCAAAACUUGGUGCUUCAGAAAAAAAUGAAAGAUUACUGACAAAACCACAAUGGCAUGAUUUGCUUCCAUGCAAGCUCGGAAUUUGGUUUUGCCUUACACUAAAAGCAUUGCCUCAUCUAAUCCAGGAUGCUGGGGAGUUUUAUGCUAAAUAUAAAGAAACAAGAUUGAAGAAAAAGGAAGAUGCAUUGACCAGAGCUGAACUUGAAACACUUCAAAAACAGAAGAAAGUUAAAGUAAAAAAACCAAAACCUGAAUUUCCUGUAUAUAUGCCUUUAGAAAGUGCAUAUAUUCAAUCUUAUGAUCAUGGAACUUCUAUAGAAGAAAUUGAGGAACAAAUGGAUGAUUGGCUAGAAAACAGAAACAAAACACAGAAAAAACAGGCAUCUGAAUGGACAGAAGAGGACCUCAGCCAGCUGACAAGAAGUAUGGUUAAGUUCCCAGGAGGGACCCCAGGUCGAUGGGAAAAGAUUGCCCACGAAUUGGGUCGAUCGGUGACAGAUGUGACAACCAAAGCCAAGCAACUGAAGGAUUCAGUUACCUGCUCCCCAGGAAUGGUCAGACUCUCUGAACUCAGGUCUACAGCUCAGAAUUCCAGGCCCACCAAGGCCACCACGGCCGUGCCAGAUGACAUCAUCACCCAGAGGGAAGGCGCAAAGCAGGCUGAGGGUGAGGAAGACGAGCCGGAGGGCGACGACGACGAGCCGGAGGCAGUGGUCCCGGAAAGCCGGCCACGGAGGCGAAGGCCAGCCAGGCCGCCUGAGGCCACAGCAAAGGUGGAGCCAGAGGAGAAGGUCAGAGGAAAGAGGCAGAAGGACUUUGAUAUAUCAGAACAAAAGGAAUCCAGCGAUGAGGAGAGCCAGAAGAAAGACAGAACUCGUGCUGCCGAGGAGCCAUGGACUCAGAGUCAACAGAAACUUCUGGAAUUAGCAUUACAGCAGUACCCAAAGGGAUCCUCUGACCGCUGGGACAAAAUAGCCAAAUGUGUCCCGUCUAAGAGUAAGGAAGACUGUAUUGCUAGAUACAAGUUGCUGGUUGAACUGGUCCAAAAGAAAAAACAAGCCAAAAGCUGAGUAUUCUGGAAGAUGAUGCUCACCUUCAUUUUCCAAAAUGAUUAUUUUAAAAGUCUUAUGCAGAAAUUUGUAUUUUGUACCUCAGUAUUUCUAUACGUCAUGUGCCUUAGUAAAAGAAAAAAAAAAUUAAAAAAUUUUAAAAAUGUUGUGCUGUAUUGUUUAAA